UCUCUUGCCCCAUAUUCUAGCACAACAAAGACCUGGAUUAAUCCGUAACAGUUAAACAGCUAUUUAAGAGCUGACAGGUCAUGGAUUGUGGAAGCUCUGAUUGGCUGAGCUUGGGGGUCUGGCCCUGCAGUGGGGAGUUCUGAUUGGCCGAAGAACUUUGGAGUGCUUGAUGCUGCUUCUGGCAUCAAUAUGGCAGCUUUUGGGAGGAAAGCCUUGGUGGGGAGCAUCCAGGAUGGAUCCUUUCAGAGAGGAGCUGGAGAUAUGGGAACAUUAGCUCGGUCCUCUCAUUGGGGAAAAAUGGAGGAGUUGACUGGGACCCCUCAGUGGAGGAUGGGGGACAUGAAGCCAGCAGGAGAGCCCUCUCAGUGGGGGAAGAUGAGUGUGUCAAGUGGGUCUUUUCAGGUCACAGCAGCAUCUGAUGAGUCCCUUCAGACAAUGGGGGCAUCGCAAAGCCCCCCUCAGAGAGGAGCGGGGGAUAUGGCGGGUGUGAGGAAGGGAAGGGAAACGACCUCGCGGAGCAGAUUCCCUAUGUGGGGUGAAGGGGACAGGGGAAGCUUCAGCUGGUCCCCUCAGGGUGGGAAGGUAGCAAAUGAAUCCCUGCAGAGGCUGAAGGAGAAGUCAGUGGCUGGGACUUUACGCCAAGGAGAGAGGCCAUUGUUUUCCUGUGGGCCCCCACAAGAGGUGGGCAGAGUGGAAGUGCUGACGGACUCCUCUCAGGAGACGGGGAAGGAAGUGGAGGUGAGCUUCCCUCCCAGGCAGGUACAGGUGGUUGCCCUUCUUCCAGACCUGCUAGUGUUUAGUAAUCACUCCCCGGGGCGGACGCUGCCUUCCCUGGAGACCUUCAACGGCGUCUUGCUCUUUGUGGAGCUUACAGGAUUCACUGCUCUCCUUGAAAAGCUAUACACAAACCACGACCUGAACUGUGGCACAGAAUUGCUAACCCAGAUGCUCAGUGAUUACGCAGAAGGGAUAAUGGAGCAUGUGCUUUGUUUCGGGGGUGAUAUCUUGACCUUCACAGGGGAGGCGUUGCUGGCGCUCUGGAAGGCAGAACGAAACCAGCUCAGUGACAUCAUUACACUGGUAGCAAAGUGCAGCCUGGAGCUGCAGGAGCAGUUUGGGUCGAGCGAUACGGAAAUGGGCCGAGAGCUCCGACUGAAGAUCGGGCUGUCUGCAGGCCGCGUGUCUCAGCUUGUCGUCGGCGAUGAGACGCGCCGGUAUUGGCUGGUGACUGGCCAGCAAGUGGAUGACGUGAGGCGGGCCCAAAGCCUGGCGCAAGCUGGAGAGGUGAUCCUAUCACCGAACGGCUGGGAGCUCUGUGACCGGGACUCGUUAGAAGCCGAAACGCUCAAAGGUCAAAAAGCCAUGAAGCUGAGAUACCUAAAGAUCUUCCAUCCUUCGGAUUUUGAUGAACACUUUGAAAAGUGCAUAGACCAUCUACAGCACUAUCCGAAUGAUGAAGUUCUGCUGAGAAAUGCUGUGACCCUGGCUUCCAGUCAUGAACUUGAGGUGGCCUUGCGUAGGUUUGUCUUGGGAAAUGUUCUGAGAAAGAUCGAUGACAAUCAACCCCUGGAGCUUGUGUCUGAACUUCGACUGAUCAGUGUCGUCUUUGUCCAGCUGCAAUUUCCUGAGAGCACAAAGGCAACAGAACUAUGCCAUUCACUCCAGGAUGCCUGCAUGAGCAUCUCUGGUAUCCUGCAGGACUGGCAAGGCAAAAUUCUCAAAAUCUCCACCUGUGGCAAACGUUGCACGUUUCUGUGUGCCUUGGGGCUGCCUGGGGACAAAAGGGACGAGGAGAGCACCCAUGCCUUAGACAGUGCAAUUAGCAUCUCUGCUUUCUGCUCAAAGAAUCUCAUGAAAAUUGAGUGUGUUUCCGUUGGGAUUUCAAGCGGGUUAGCGUUCUGCGGAGUUGUUGGCACGCGUUCUAGACAAGAAUACACAGUCAUGGGCUCGAAGGUUCAGCUGGCCUCCCAGAUGCUGGAGCUCUAUCCAGGGGUGAUCUCGUGCGAUGAAGAGACUUAUUCAAAAUCUGGGCUGCCCAGUUGCUUUUUCAAGAAGCUUCCGGAGAAGGAGAUGAGCCCUGGGGUAACCUAUGAAUAUCUCGGCAGAAAGAGAAACCUAACCCUUGCAAAGUCAGGCUUUCCCAGGAAGAAGGAUGGGAAUCGACCCCUGUUGGGUCGCGAGAAAGAGAUCAGAAUCUUCCAGGCUGCACUGCAACAAUUUGUGGGACACAAAGAAGGUCGUGUUGUUAUGUACGAAGGCUCUGCAGGCUACGGAAAAAGCCGGUUAAUUGCUGAAAUAGACUACCUAGCCCGAGAGGAAAAUCAUAGGGUAAUAGCGCUAGAGCUGUCCAAAGUAGAUAUCCAGGAGCCCUUCUAUGCUAUCCGGUCACUUAUGGCCAUAUUCUUCGGGAUCGAUGCCUGUAGACCUUACAAGAGACAAGACAUUCUCCAAAGCAAGCUCGCUGGGGUGUUGGAUGAGAGCUUCUACUGCCUCCUCAAUCACCAAUUCCUUGUCAAGUUCCCCAUGUCAGUGGUGGUUUCUCACAUGGACACUGUGACAAAGCAAAAAGAAGAGGAGAUGCUUUUUCUCAGAGUCCUGCGGAAGGCUACGGAAGAGGCCAUCUUGAUUUUCAUUCUUGAUGAAGCCCAGUACAUUGAUGCUGCCUCCUGGGAUUUUUUGGCGAAACUCCUCUCAAGUGUCCCCAUCUUUAUAGUCAUGUCCUUGUCUCUCUUCACCUCCAAAGAACUGCUCCCUUGUGCUUCUGCUGUAGGCAUCCGGAAGAGCCCCAGGACCACUGGGGUUGUCCUCCAAGAGUUGGCACCUUCCAAGCUCUUGGAGAUGGCCCGGCAGAGCCUUGGGGUGGUUAGCAUUCCUAGAGAGUUGGAAACAUUCCUCAUACGAAGAAGCUUUGGGGUCCCGUUGUACUGUGAAGCAUUGCUGAUGGACCUGCAUACUAAUGAGGUGCUUGAGUUUUGUCGCAUCCCAGAGGAUGAGAAGGAAGAGGAUGAGUGGGAGAACCUGUCUACCAGUGCCGUCAGAUCGAUACCCUACCGAGCGCCUCUCGCCUCCCCCAUGGAAAACAAAGAGCUUUACAUUUGUACCAUCAGGAAGGAGGUGGACCUAGACAAUGUUCCACUCCCGCCCAGACUGAAAGAGAUUGCUGUGGUUCAGCUGGACCGCUUGAGCUCUUCUGAACAGAUGGCGGUUAAAUAUGUGGCUGUCAUUGGCCAUACAUUUACCCCAGACCUGCUGCUGUACAUCCUUCCAAAGUGGACAAACAAAAAGAUGGAGGAGACACUCAUGAGCCUGAUCAAUUCCCAUGUGUUUGAGUAUGUGGGAAAAGAAGCCAGCGCUACACAGGCAGUAGGUGCCUGCCUUUCACACACCCCUCCUGGCCCCCUGACGACGCAGACUAUGGGGCCAGAGGAGUCUGAAGCUAUUGGUGCUGCUCCUCACUUCAGCCUGCAAGAGGAACUGGGUGCGUUGCAGCAGGACCAGGCGCUGCGGUUCUGCACUCCUCUGCUGCGAGAAGGGGCCUAUGAGCUGUGGCUGGAGGAACAGAAGGUGGCCCUGCACUUCCAAUGUGCUGCCUUCCUGGAGCACAAGGCUCACAAAUGCAGAAGCUGUGGUGGGGGUGACUUCAUCUCCUUCCACCGCGAUGCCCUGGACAUGCAGAUGGGCAAUGUAGACUCUGUGCUGGGACAGGGCAGUAAGACCAAGGACACGGCUCUGUUGCUUUCAGAAGAAACUGGAAAGAGGCUUCCAGUGGGCUUAGCACAAGUUUCAGAUGCAGCAGAGAUGACGGAUGCCUCUCUGGGGCAGGAACUCACCAUAGAAACUCCCACGGCCUCGGGUGAAGAUCAUUUACAGUGCGGGGCAAAAUCAGCCAUGAAUAAACAGGUGUUGCCAGAUGAUCAUCUCAGGGUUGAACAAGAGUUCCUGGACAGGGUGGACAAGAUUAUUAUGCAUCAUAAACGUGGCAAAGAGGAAGCAACAAACCUGGCGCCCUGUGAAUGUGGAGAGAUACUGGAGUCAGUGGUGUCUGCCUUAGCCCGCCAUUGCCUGAGGGUGAAAGAUAGAACCCUGGCCUUUUUUUAUCUGCUGGAGUCUGCGGCUGCUUCCCUAUAUUUAUCCAAUAAUUAUAUGGCAUACUUGUAUUUGAAGAAAGCGAGUGGCCUUCAGGGACUAUCAGCGUUGGCCACGUUCCCGUGUCGGAAGAGACCGAAACUGAAGAUCAACCCAUUUGAGGAGGCCACCUUCUGUAGCCUUCGGGGAGAGGUCUGCUUCAACAUGGGCCAAAUCGCACUAGCCAAGAAGCUGAUCAAAAGGGCCCUCUGCUUAUUGCAUAAGAGAUUUCCCCGGACCUGGCUCGGAGCCUUGUGCCAGUCGUUACUGGAGGAAUCCAAACACUCUGCGUGCCGGACUCAACAGCGUCAGGCCCAACGUGCUGAUAGGAAGGCGUUAGCUGUCCUGCAGCAGCAGAUUCACUGCCUCUCCUUGCUCUGGCGGCUUUAUAGUCUGGACUCCACUGCAAACAGGAACUACUCCCGGCUGGCAGCCCUCAUGGAAAUCAAUCUGGCAGAGGCGUCUGAAAACAAGAUACAGAUCAUUUCGACAUAUAUGGAUUUUUCACAGUUCUCCCAAAGCAUGGGCUACAAAGACGAGUGGCUGAAAUACGAGAUGAUGGCUAUCCAGAGAAGUUCCCAGUGCGACUUCACCUUCACCAGGGAAAGGCUGCUAAUGAUGGCCCAGUUAGCUCAGACACUGGCCUAUAGCAAACUCUGCUUGGGUCAUCUGACCCGAUCCAUCCAAUUGGGCUUUCAAGCUCAUACCAUGUGUGUGCAGCUCCGGAAAACCAGCCUCCACUGCCUGGUUCUUUCAGUCCUCUUCAAAUCUGCAUUUCUAAAGAACAAGUACGCCCAGUGUAUCAGAGUCUUAGAGUGGCUAUGGGAACUCGCUACUCAAGAAGAGAGCAUCAUUGUCUUGGCAUGUUUCUAUUCGGCCUGUUUGGACCUGCUGCUUUGCGAUGCUGGGUUUGAUUACCGGCCCAUUGAGGAGUGCCUGCAGUUCAUAAACCAAUAUGAAGCCAGCUGCCUCCUGAAGUCUCAGAGCAACAUCAUGCUGAGUCUAUAUUCCUCUUUGGCCAUCUGGUUUGGCAGACUCCAGCAGUGGGAGCUGUUUGAGGACAGUUUCACAAAGGCCCAGCGGCUGGUGAGCAGAAUGAACGCUUCCCUUUUUGGCACUCAUGGCUUCUUCCGAUUCCUCGAGUGCCAGGUGCUGUUGCUACGGAAAGUCAUGGAAGACACGCCUGAGAAGCUCCGCGAGAUUCGCAGCUCAACACUCAGGUACGUUGACGAAUUCCUUUCUCGCUGCUCGACGAGUCCAGUCUACCACACGAGGGUUUACAGCCUGAAAGCCUCUGUUAACCUCCUGGGAGAUGAAGACAAGAGCCAGGUCCCUUUGCCGAAGGCUCUCAAACUUUCCGCCGCCCCCCACAACCGGCUGGAGGAAACGUUGUUCAGCGUGAGCCCCGACAACGUCCAAAACGAGCAUCAGGGCCUGGGCAGAGUCGCAGAGCAGGAGGACAGCAAAGAUCAGGAUGAAGGGUGCACACGCGAAUACACGAAGAAUGCCGCAUCAAGGCUGAAAUCCAAACCCAUGCUGAAGGGACCGACCUUUGUUCAUCGCCAGCCGUGGAAAGCUCCCACCUCCCGCCAUGUGUUGGCUGGUGAUGAGCCUCUGGAAUAUGUCAAUAUUGCCCUUCACACCUUGCCAUCAAUGUCCAAAACCCCCCGGAGGGAUGGUGACAAAGCCUGAGAGAGCAGGAGAAACUGUCAGAGCAGGGACAUGGUGGAGGGUUUGCUAGAAUCCAGAGCACAUACAUUGAGAGAUUCCCUCAUAGAGCAGAGGCCAGCAGAG